AUGUCAUACUCUCCCAUGCACGCAGUAGACCCCCUCUCCCCCUACGACGGCGACGACUUCCUCGCCCUCUCCCUCGACGACCCGGACGAGCCCUUCCCCGAAGGCUGCCACCCCGGCGUCUGCGGCCUGUGGAAAAACCCCUACUUCAAACACUCCCCCGACGACGCCUACGCGUUCGACGAAGGCGUGCAUCAGAAGGUCCAGAAUAACUACCAGGAAUACGUAAAGCAGGUCGAGCGCACGGCGCAAAAGUCCCUGUCCGCCUCGUCUUCUGCUUCGUCCUCCUCGUCCUCGUCUGCGUCCUCCUCAGCAGCUAACGACGCGGACUCCUCGGCCUCGUCCGCUAUGCACUCUGUCGACACCAGUCGUCGAAACAGCGCGGCCUCAACCGCAAGCAGCACCGUCGCUGCCCAUCUGCACAGCGACAAGCACGACAACUAG